AUGGAUCAGUAUCCCAAGCACCGUAACCGCUACACCACCGCGGUGGACUGCAGACUGUUGUCUUGGGCAUUCCGGCGGCGUUCGAGGUUGCUCAGCUUGUACGUCGUGGCCGACAUUUCUACGAGGAUUCUCAUGGAACGCGGGAUAAAGAGUGGGUCCCAAGGGAACCAGGAUGACAGCCAUGAUCGGGUUCCUUCUACUUCAGGUGACAUGAGGAUUCCAUCUGUGCCAGUGGAGCCAUUGAACCACGGCCAGCGCUCACACGUUACCACAUCUAUUUCGGAAGUUGCUACACCGUCACCUGCCGAAUACCAGAACCUUUUCAGAAGGGCACUGCAGGAGCCAAACUCACUGAGCAUGGACGACGUACAGGUACUGGCUGCUUCAAUUUGCCAGUCAGCCAUCCGCAAGGUGAACUACGCCACGCCAGCCGCCGAAUUUUGUGUCGCCAUCAUCGAGCAAGAGUGGGGCGAGGUAUUUCUGGAGUACGUGUUGAUGUUCUGCCGCGAGCUGUUCAACAGCCGAGAUGAAGUCUUGCGGCCACCCGACCAGCCCACCAUCCGGUCCCGUCGCUGGGUGGCGUACGUCAGCUUCCUCGCCGAACUUCUCGACGGACUCAGCGAUGCGCAGGCUGAGAACACAGCCAGGCCGUGCCGCACUGGAGGCGCCUACGCGACCAAGGCGAGACGCAUGCUGGUGCUCGCCACUCUGAUAUGCGUCAGCUGCCAGACGAUGCUCCAGCCGCCAUCACUUUACAAUCCUACCGAGAUGGAAUGCCUGCGGACGGCGCUCAUCACUGCUGGCGCUGCCUUGGAGCACGAGGCCCCGGAACGACUGGCGGCCGUGAUGCGCGAGGUUCAGGCCGCCCUAGAAACGCAGCGCCUACCGAUCCGCUCACGACAGGUCCUGCAGGAAUUGAUGGAGCUCAAGGCCUCCGCCUGGCAGCAGACCCCUUCCGAGCAAACUUACGUGUCGACCGCUACAAGUCGCUAG